AUGCCCGAGAAGGGGAGGAAGCGAAGCGCAGAGGCGGCGGCGGCAAUGAGAUCCAGACCCGAAAGGAGGCCAGUGGCCACGAGGGGGUUCGGCGGCGGCGGCAGCGGCGGCGGCGGGCCCCCCUUCUCGGCGGCGCCCCCGGCCGCCAUGGCGCUGCGCAACGACCUGGGCUCCAACAUCAACGUGCUGAAGACGCUCAACCUGCGCUUCCGAUGCUUCCUGGCCAAGGUGCACGAGCUGGAGCGCCGCAACCGGCAGCUGGAGAAGCAGCUCCAGCAGGCCCUCGACGAAGGCGGCGCCCGUCGGGGCGGCGGCGGGCAGCGGCGCGACCAGGCCGUCCAGACCGGCUUCGUCGGCCCCAUCCGCCCGCUGGGCCUGGCGCUGGCCGCCACUAGCAGCAGCGGCAGCAGCAGCGCCCGCCCGGUGGGGCUCAGCACGCCGUCGAGGGGCCUGAGCUCGCCCAGUUGCCACCCGCCGGGGGCCCCGCUGACCCCCACCUCGGCCGCCGCCGCCGCCGCUUCCUUGCCCGGCGGCGCCUUCUCGGCCUCCUCGCGCUUCUUGCCCGGCACCAUCUGGUCCUUCUCGCAGGCUCGCCGCCUGGGGCCUGGCCUGGAGACCACCCUGGUGCAAGGGCCCGGCGUCUCCUGGGUCCACCCCGACGGCGUGGGCGUGCAGAUAGACACCAUCACGCCCGAGAUCCGGGCGCUCUACAACGUCCUGGCCAAGGUGAAGAGGGAACGGGACGAGUAUAAGCGCAGGUGGGAAGAGGAGUACACGUUGCGCGUUCAGCUGCAAGACCAGGUCACCGAGCUUAAUGAGGAGGCUCAAGAGGCCGAAGCUUGUCAGGAGGAGCUGGCCAUGAAGGUGGAGCAGCUCAAGGCGGAACUGGUGGUCUUCAAGGGGCUGAUGAGUAACAACCUUACGGAGCUAGAUACCAAGAUUCAGGAGAAGGCCAUGAAAGUGGACAUGGACAUCUGCCGGCGCAUCGACAUCACAGCCAAACUGUGCGACGUGGCCCAGCAGCGUAACUGCGAGGACAUGAUCAAGAUGUUUCAGAAGCAGUUGGUCCCAGCUACGGUGGGCCGGAAGCGGGACCGGAAGCUGGUCAGCGACGAAGAGACCUCCCUGUCGGAGAGCGAGUCCUCCAAGAAGCCCGAGGAGGAGGAGGAAGACGAGACCACGGCCAUGAGCAUCAACGAAGAGAUGCAAAGGAUGCUGAACCAGCUGAGGGAGUACGAUUUCGAAGAUGACUGUGAUAGCCUUACCUGGGAGGAGACGGAAGAGACGCUGCUGCUCUGGGAGGACUUCUCCGGCUACGCCAUUGCUGCUGCGGAGGCCCAGGGGGAGCAGCCGGACGACAGUUUGGAGAAAGUGAUCAAGGACACGGAGUCACUCUUCAAGAGCAGGGAGAAAGAAUAUCAGGAAACCAUUGACCAAAUAGAGCUGGAGUUGGCCACAGCCAAGAACGACAUGAACCGGCACCUCCACGAGUACAUGGAGAUGUGUAGCAUGAAGCGUGGGCUGGACGUGCAAAUGGAGACCUGUCGCCGGCUCAUCACCCAGUCCGGGGACAGAAAGUCUCCGGCUUUCACUCCGGUACCGAGCAGUGAAUCGGCCUCAAACGAGGAGGCGGAGGAGUCCGAUCGUGACCUCCGGAGUGACGCUUCCAUAAGAUAAUGGGGGGGAGAGGCUGUGCCCCUUUCCUCUGCAUCGCCCCCUGCUGGCCCAGGAGGUGUGGCGGUGGGGGGGAGCCAUGUCCCAACCAUGGCCUUCACGUAGAGUUCCGCCACUGAGUCCCUCCACACCCGGAGGUGGAGCUAGACAGAUGCCCCUCGAGGGAGUCUGGUGUCCUGAGUCUUCUCCCAUCUGAACACCUCCUUUCCCUGCUCUCCCCAUCCCGCCCCCUGCCUUUUGUGGGCCUUAUGGGGGGGGGAGACGGUACGUCCGCCUUAACUGCAGCUGAGAACCUCCUGGGGGGGGGCCUAAUGAAUGCCCCCCUCCCUCCCCUUAGUAUACGUGACUGUCCUCCUCAUGUGCCAAGAAGCGGCACCAGGCCAAAAAAACCCCCUGAACCUCCUGUUGGUGCCAGCCGGACUCUCUGUGUGGCUCUCCUCGCUCACGGAACACGUCUUUCGUCCCUGAAUUGUACAAGAUAGCGAGAGCCUCUCCAUCUGGGGAAGAAGACCAGGCUUUUGCCGCCUCCGCCACCGCCACUUGCCCCAGCUCUGUCCUUUGCCUUUUUGCUUAGUUCUUUGUCUGUGGCACAAACGUCGUCUGUGAUGUGCUA